CGUUGCAAACACAAACGUAUCUUGUGGCGUAGUUUGUUCUGCUCAUUAUUGAAGGAUUACAUUAUUAUGACGAAAAAGAAACCCUUAGGGGUUGGACUAAGUCGCGAUGAACGGAUGCUCAUCGUGGUCGGCGAAAUCAUACAGGAGCUGCUGAAGGCACAUCACGAAGGAAAGGAUGUAAACCUGAACCGAUUGAAAACUCGUAUAUCUUCAGAUUAUGGAUUAGAAUCUGCACCUCGCCUGGUGGACAUUAUUGCAGCCGUACCACACGAGGCUAAAUCUAUCCUUCUACCGAAACUGCGAGCGAAACCGAUUCGAACAGCGAGUGGUAUUGCAGUUGUUGCCGUUAUGUGUAAGCCACAUCGUUGUCCGCACAUCAACAUGACGGGAAACAUUUGCGUGUACUGUCCCGGUGGACCGGAUAGUGAUUUCGAGUAUUCGACACAGAGCUACACUGGCUACGAACCGACAUCGAUGCGUGCGAUUCGUGCACGGUAUCAUCCUUUCCUGCAAACCCGUCAUCGAGUAGAGCAACUCAAGCAGUUGGGCCAUUCCGUCGACAAGGUGGAGUUCAUUGUUAUGGGUGGAACAUUCAUGUGUCUGCCUGAGGAUUACCGAGAUUUCUUCAUUCGAAAUCUACACGACGCCUUAUCGGGGCAUACGAGCUCAAGCGUCGCGGAGGCGGUUAAGUAUUCGGAAAAAUCCCACACCAAGUGCAUCGGCAUUACGAUUGAAACGAGGCCUGACUACUGCUUGAAACGGCACCUUUCGGAUUUGCUCGCGUACGGGUGCACGCGCCUGGAGAUCGGUGUUCAGUCCGUGUAUGAAGACGUCGCACGGGAUACAAACCGUGGCCACACGGUGAAGGCGACCUGCGAAAGCUUCCAAAUGUCGAAGGACGCAGGCUUCAAGGUAGUUUCGCACAUGAUGCCCGAUCUGCCCAAUGUCGACAUAGAGCGUGACAUUGAUCAGUUUGUUGAGUUUUUCGAAAAUCCCGAUUUCCGGGCGGAUGGAUUGAAGAUCUACCCGACGUUGGUCAUCCGUGGAACGGGAUUGUAUGAACUGUGGAAGACGGGACGCUAUAAGAGUUACCCACCGUCAACGUUGGUUGAUCUGGUGGCUAAAAUUCUUGCUCUGGUGCCUCCUUGGACACGUGUGUAUCGCGUACAGCGGGACAUUCCGAUGCCACUUGUCACAUCCGGUGUGGAGCAUGGAAAUCUUCGCGAAUUGGCACUGGCACGAAUGAAGGAUCUCGGGACGGAUUGUCGCGAUGUGCGUACGCGCGAGGUGGGCAUACAAGAGAUUCACAAUAAAGUGCGUCCUGAUCAGGUGGAACUUAUCCGACGGGAUUACGUCGCGAAUGGUGGCUGGGAAACGUUCCUUUCGUACGAGGAUCCAAAACAGGACAUCCUGGUAGGAUUGUUACGAUUGCGUAAAUGUUCUCCGGACACAUUCCGGCCGGAGUUGAUCGAUAACUGUUCCAUCGUUCGUGAGCUGCACGUGUACGGAUCGGUGGUACCGGUGAACGCACGUGAUCCUACGAAAUUUCAGCAUCAAGGAUUCGGGAUGCUGCUGAUGGAAGAAGCGGAACGUAUUGCGAGAGACGAGCAUGGUAGUAAGAAAUUGGCGGUCAUCUCCGGUGUGGGAACAAGGAACUACUACCGCAAGAUAGGUUAUGAACUUGAUGGACCAUACAUGUCAAAAACGCUGUAAAUGUAUGUUAAAUGCUAAACAGCAAUGGGCAUAAUGGCACAAUAAAAA